UUAACUCCUGUUUCAAUCAGAGACCCCCCUUUGUUUCUUUCUCAUCUCUCAAAAGCUCAUCUUUUUUUGUCAUCUUCUAGGGUUACUGGUGUAUUCUUUCAUAUAUUUAGGCUCCCAAAUAUCAAAGAUAUGUCUAGUUCAAGUGCUGAUUAUGCAAUUUCAAGCGUUGUGAUUGAAUCUGAGUACUCAUGCCGUUGCUUUUCACUAGCUGAGAUACAAUCCAUGACCAACAAUUUUAAUGAAGAAUUAGUUAUUAGGAUUGGCGGAUUUGGUAAGGUAUAUAAGGGGUUCAUCGACAACGGUGCUACACCUGUUGCCAUAAAGAGGUUGAAAGCAGAUUCCAAUCAAGGCGCAGAGGAGUUCUGGAAUGAGGUCAAGAUGUUGUCUAAGCUCCGACACAUUCAUCUUGUUGCUCUGAUCGGCCUAUGCAGCGACUGCCAAGAAAUGAUCCUUGUUUACGAAUACAUGGCUCGUGGGACCCUAGCCGAUCAUCUCUAUAAAACAAGUAGAAACCAAUGAAAUUACUACUUUCAUCUCACAUGGGAGCAAAGGCUCAACAUUUGCAUCGGUGCAGCACGAGGGUUAGACUACCUUCAUACUGGUACCGAUCAAAAUUUCAUACACCGAGAUGUGAAGACCACAAAUAUUCUGUCAAAUGGGAAAUGGGUAGCCAAGAUUUCAGAUUUUGGGCUAUCUAAGAUCACUGCGAGCCAUUCAGCAACCCACGUUAGUACGAGAGUUAAAGGUACAUUUGGAUAUUUCGAUCCGGAUUAUUUCUAUACCCAGAAACUAACCAAUAAAUCUGAUGUGUAUGCCGUUGGUGUGGUGUUGUUGGAAGUGCUCUGUGGGAGGCCGCCAGUGGAUAAAAGACUCGAGGAGGAGGAAAUUAGUUUAAUCCUUUGGGCUCAACGACACAUUAAAAAGGGAAAGGUUGAUCGAAUCAUUGAUCCCUCAUUGAUUGGGCAAAUAACACCACAAAGUUUAGAGGCUUUUCCCAAACUAAGCCGCUUUUGCAUCUUAUUUCUCAAACUAGGCUUACUUUUGACGGAUUUCCCAAACUAAGCUAAAGCGCUAUUACAAAUCGCGCUUUUACGGGGUGUUAACUGGGCUGUUUCAAGAGGAACUUUUUUCGGUGUACGGGGUGUUAACAUUGGAGCUUCUGCGGUGGGUGUGAGGAGUUUGGUUCGGAGUAGCAGUUAUGUCACUUGGGUGUUUCGGUUGGGUGAGGGUCCUUGGGUGUAUUAGGUUGAGUUGGGUGUUGGUUACUUGUAUCGUAAGAGUUGUUUCUGAAUCGUAAGAGUUUUGUCGCUAGACAGUGCAGAAGCAGUAGUAGUGGUUCAAGGUUUGUGUAAGGUUAAGUACUUGUUAUCCUUUGUUU